AUGCCGGUCAGAAAUCCCUCCAACACCUCUCAUGUGAAGGAAACAUCGCACAUGGCAGUCUCUACCAUCAGAAACUGGUGGAAUGAGUGCCAGGUGGAAAAACUGGACUCCAACACAGAGGAAGAUGAGGAUGAGUUAACUGGGAGGAAACAGAUGACCCUAAACCUGAGCGAGACGCUGCGGACCAGGCAGCUGCUCAUUAACUUUGAUGGUGGUCGACCAGUUUGGAGUCUCAGGGCGCCGCUGGACCUGGUGAACUUCCCAUCGAUCCCUCGUCCUCGAUGGCCCAUCGAGUGUGAGGUCGUCAACGACGUUAUUCAGCACAUCGAGUGGGAUCCCCCAGAGCCAGAGCCUUUUUAUCAGCCCACAGGACUUGAGAGGACACCCCUGCAGGUCGGAGAGGAGAAGGGGAAUUUGGUCUACUGCAUUGACCAUGUCACCAAGCAACCGUAUUUCACCUGCUCUCGAGUUGGAGGAAGCAAGGGACCCAUAAAGAACGCCACUCCUUAUGACAAUCAGACACAAUUCACUCUUGAGUUUGAGUCACGCUUUGAGAGCGGGAACCUUCAGAAGGCCGUCCAAGUGGGUGUUUACGGCUAUGAGCUCACUUUGCGCACAGACUUGUACACCACAAAGCACACACAGUGGUUCUACUUCAGGGUCCGGAACAUGAAGGCUGGAGUGACGUACCGCUUCACCAUCGUCAACCUGAUGAAGAGCAGCAGCCUGUAUUCUGUGGGUAUGAGGCCACUUCUCUACUCUGAGAGGGCUGCUGGAGAAAACGGCGUUGGGUGGCAGCGCGCAGGCUCCAAUAUUAGAUACUACCCGAAUGGCAAUGAAAGUGCAAAGGACAACAAUGGCGACAACAUUCCCUUGUACUCGCUGUCCUGGACGCUUCAGUUUCCCUAUGACUCCGACACCUGCUACUUGGCCCACUGCUACCCUUACACCUACUCACACCUGCAGUGCUACCUGAGGCGCGUAUCUUCCAACCCCGCGGUCGCAUCGUACUGCAAAGUGCGAGUCUUGUGCCACAGCCUGGCUGGGAAUGCCGUGUAUGUGCUGACCAUCACGUCUCUGGGCGUUGGCAAACUGGAGGGCAGGGCCAAGAAGGCUGUGGUGGUGACGGCCCGGGUGCACCCCGGUGAAACCAACGGGUCCUGGAUGAUGGAGGGAUUGCUGGAUUUCCUGCUCGGGGACUCAGAUGAUGCUCAACUACUCAGGAACACUUUUGUUUUUAAGGUGGUGCCAAUGCUGAACCCAGAUGGCGUGGUGGUGGGGAAUGGCCGCUGCUCUCUGGCUGGCAGAGACCUCAAUAGAAACUACAAGACGUUGCUCAGGGAUGCCUUUCCGUGUGUGUGGCACACGCGAAAUAUGGUGGAAAGACUCUUGGCUGAGACAGAGGUCGUCCUGUACUGUGACUUUCAUGGCCACAGCCGUAAGAACAAUGUGUUCAUGUACGGCUGUAACACCCGAGGGAACGCUUCACUCAAACUCCACGAGAGAGUCUUUCCACUGAUGAUGAGCAAGAAUGCCUGUAGUAAGUUCUCCUUUAAGAGCUGCAAAUUUCGAGUGCAGAAGAGCAAAGAGGGCACAGGACGAAUCGUCAUGUGGAGACUUGGCAUCAAGAACAGCUACACCAUGGAGGCCACCUUCGGAGGCUCAACGCUGGGCGACAGGACAGGAACACAUUUUACCACUCGAGACCUGAAGUCCUUGGGCUUUUGCUUUUGUGACACCCUGCUUGACUAUUGUGACCCCAAUCCAUCAAAGAUUAUUUACUGUCUGAAAGAGCUGACAGCACUGCUGAGGAAGCAGGCCAGAGAGCGACUUGGUAAAGAUUUGGGCACUGACUGUCGCUUCUCGGUGUCGGAUUUGGAAACCAGCACCAGCGGUUCCAACAGCUCGGACUCAGAUGGACCCCCAGUUCAUCUACUGAACCAACCAAAAACUACCAUACCACAGCAAACUCCAGUGAAGAAGAAGAAAAGACGCUUGAGGAAUCGCAGAGAAAGGAACAGGUUGCUGUCAGACAGAGAGAAGAAUAGUCUUCUGCCAAAGGUCCAGCACAUCAACAUCAGUAAUACAAGCUCCAACUCGCCUCAAGACGACUCAGGUAAAAAGAGCGCCCUUGUCAAGCCCGAUGGACAACACAGGAAGAAAUGGCGGUUAAAUGGCCUCAUCAGAAAAGAAGGGAUCCCUCCCACUGAUACCCAUCCUGGAGAAGUCAGACAGGUGACACUGUGGCAGGGCUGCGAGCCCAUCUCGGGUUCUCAGAAAGGCACAAUAACUUCUAACCAUCAAGACGUCAGCAGUGAACAGUCGGUUUUCACAGGAGGCGCAGUGAUGGACGCCAGACGGUGGAGAUGUCCCUCUCAGCUGCUGCACCUGAGCGCUCUCCUCCUGCCGUCACCCAACUGCUCACACUCAAAGCACCAGCACCCCCACAGCAGCCGGCAGUGCUUUGCUUCAUAUAAAGUCUGCAAAGGGCCAUCACCUGCAUUGACGUCGCCCCACAGAUCUCCUUCCUUCAUGCAUGUCAAGAUGUUUCCGGAUGUCGUGACGCCAAAGCGCCUGCUGUCAAGCUUCAACACCGUGAAGUUCACCGGGCACAUUUUCCAAGACAGAAGCACUCUGCGAGUUUCAGAGCGUUACCUCAUCCCAGACACUUCCUCCACCUCAAAUCCUGACAGAAAUAAGACCAACUACCGGAGUGAGGCACAGGAAUAUUUGGCAGAAGUGGCCAAAUCGCUGCUGGGGUGUGAACCAGUCAUGGAGCAGACCCAGAAACACAACACGCCUCUGAAAGAAGGGACACACUCAGUGGGCUUCAGCCCGGGGACCCCAGGCACUACCAGUUCAGGAAGGAAAGCCAAAGAAGUCCUCAAGAGGCAGCGCUCACCGGACAAUCACAGUCUGCCCAGUCACAGGCCAGAGCAUUUACAACCUGAAGAACAAGUGAUGUGA